GUUUCAUUAUGUCACGUAGGACUCGCGUACCGUGGCUGGUCGGCGAAUCAUCGAACGCGUGGUCGUGUUCUCGCGGAAACCAGAUUUACCUCGCGGAGCAAGUCACGAAGAAACCGCGUUUGCCGAGAGAUCGAUGCGCGCUCAAAUAUCGAAACGCAAACGCAGCGUCUAGCGUCUGCGGGAAAGUGACACGCCAACGGGAAACAUCGCCGGACGCCGAAGUCCUACUACUACUAGUAGUGGCAGCGUUGUUCAAGGAAGGAAGAUCCUGAAGCGUUUCUGGUAGAAUCAAGAGAGGCUCACACGAACGAAACGACACAACUGGUGGGCAUCGGUGAGUUGGUUCGGUAGGGAGGUGUCUCCCGGUCCUCCAACCAGAAGAAGCGAGACGACGACGACGAAGGAGACCUUUGGCGGUUACACACGGCAUCCUACCGUCUUCUGGUGUGCCUACCUAUUCGGGCUACCAGCGAACCGAGCGGGCAAACGGAGCUUCAGUCGACGCCGCGCACCCAAACGGUCCAGACCUGUCAGCCCGGAAGACAGCAUCCCGACACACGUUCGAUAGAGAAUCCAAUAGAGAAUCUCAACGUCUCCAACCAGUUUUCAAGGAUUCUCUUCCCUUUCUUUCUCACACUCCCUCGUUCCCCUACGCGGAUAACAAACGCACGCAUAUUCGCUGAGCAGUUCCAAAGAAAUUUCAAAGGGACGUUUAUUUGACCAGAAGUCCGGCAAACAUCGCGUCCUCAGAGGGAACUACGAAGCGUGUGCUUUCUACUUCGACCGGUAGAGAGAGCUAGGAGAGAAAAAGAAGGAGAACGAAAAAAAGAAGAGAGAGAGAGAGAGAGAGCGUGUUCCCGCGAGGAGGUACAGGCCGAGUGAUCUCACUCGCAGGAGUUAGCCGGUCGGGACUAGGUUUGCGCAGGAGGAGAAGAGCGACACCGAGAGAGCAUCGUGAGAGAGGGACCAAAAGGAGAGAGGAAGCUCGGUGAAAGAGAGAAAACGUGCCCCUUGUCGGGACAAGAGGGACAGAGACGCCGUUAUAGGCUUGUAACCUGGUGGAGGGAGUGACUCGAGGCGUUAGCAGGACCGCGAGAGAGGAGGUAGAGGGAAAGGAGACAGAGAGUCGACCAAGAGAAGGAGCGGUGGGAAUUUAUAAGGAUGUUCGCGAUAAUGCCGAUGGAGACAGAGGGGCACGGCAGGGAGUUCGGCCGCCGGCAGAAGAUGCGCGCCAAGUGCACGGUAGAGUUCGUCUGCAAGUACUGCCAGCGGCGCUUCACGAAGCCCUACAACCUCAUGAUCCACGAGCGCAGCCAUAAGGACGACGUGACCUUCACCUGUGAGGUCUGCGGAAAGUCCUUCAAGCGACAGGAUAACCUCAAGCAACACAGGAGCAUACACUCUGUUCCCUACAAGGGCUCCAACGGCUACUCAAAUGGCUAUUCGAAUGGCUACUCUAGGUACUAGAAGCCAUCCGGCCAACUAAUAUCCUAAAUCUUCUCCCGUAGAGACGCGUUUCUCUCUGUUUCUGAUUAGGCUAGUUUCAUACCGCGUGGUUGUGGUUCAACAAAUAUUUAUUGGAAUUUCGACGGAGCCUAUACGUAUGUACAUAAACGUACGACGAUGGAAUUUUAUACAUACGAGCAUGCAUAUGAAAUGUAAGAACGGAAUAACGUGUCGGCCGUUUUGUUCAGAAAGAAUUAGCUUCUAGAUACUAAUUUUAAAUGACGAUCGAAUAUAGAGAACGUCUCUUCAAUUAGAAAUCUUACUUUACAUCGAGUCGAUAGUGAAUUAUGUUGAAUUAUUCUUCUUCCAGUUCUAUUCAAAAAUUAAGAAACGAGAGAAAAAUCAGUAGAAAGAACGAGAUCUGAACUCGGUAAAUGUUCAGACUCCUUGCAUUGGAAAGAAACGAAAGGAGAACGAGCGUGACACGAAAAACGAUAGAAAAAAAGCUCUCGACAACGAUCCAACGAUGAAAAUAAAAAUCCACGUCGAAAUUCCGAGAAUCUUUUGACCCGAUCACGCGUCCAUUCUUCUCGAUGUCCGUCUGUCGGUAUUCCGAGUCGAUCGAUUAAUUAAUCAACUCGAAAAGACGCAGCGCGUCAGCCUACUGAGUCGCAAGGGAAACAGUUCCGUAAUUACUGAUCGUCUCCUCGCCUGUCUUACGAACCUCGCUUCUCGCUCCUUCAUUCCGCUUCUCCGAUUAUUUUUUUUUUUUUAUUUUUUUUCGCUUCUGCCACUUUCCUGUAUUCCGAGCCUAGACACCUAGACGCCAGCCACAGCAAGUCAUCGAGACUUUUCAUCGCGACAAAAGACAUGGAGAGACAGAAACAAAACAAGAAGAAUCACGUCAAUGGUGUCAACCGUGUUAGAAUUUCAUCGACACGAGGCUCCCGAGGAUUCCAUGCAAAAUCAAAUUAAUCGAAUCGUUGAAUUCACACCAAGACGAGAGCUGGAAGUUAGAAUACCGAAGAUCUGAUCACAACACGUUUCACAUUCGUUAAACGGAUCUCUAUGGUCUUUCGAGAGUAUUUCAAGCAUUCCUCGAUCGAAAUUUCUCGACAAUUCGAAGAACGUGCGAGAUAACAAACGAAAUCGUUCUACUUCAACGUGUUUAACGAAUGUCCGCCGGUGAAGGAUAGUCAGGAGUUGCAUAAGAUCGUGGAAAGGCAGACAGGGAAAUCUAACUUCGUUAUCAGCGACACGUUCGAAGAACACGAAGUAUAUGCCCAACCAGUUUUCGUUAUCUCGAAAAAUCUACUCGCCCGUGGUUCCUGCUUUCUCCCGACCGAGCUAAGUAACAUCUUAAUCAUGGAAAGCAAAGCCGCCGUAAUUCAGUUCGAGCAUCCAUGGGAACAGAGCAACGAGGCCAAGGUCGUACGAAGAAAAUCAUCGCACGCUUUCGUCCGUAAGAUCGAAAUUUCAUCGCUUGCCAUUCUCGACUUACCAAAUUCGAAACAUUCGAUCGGAAAUUAUUAAAGGAACUGUAACACGCACGAGGAAAUCCAUACGCACGAGAAUCUUUGGAAAGGUGGUCCGAAAUAAAUUAAAAGAUCAGACUGAUUAAUCUGACGAAAGAAAUGCCUGUCGGGGGCCACGAAUCCGGCGAACGAAGCAUCGAAAAAUUUGAAUUUCAAUAUCAAAGGGGUCUCGGAAUCGCCGAUUGGGAUUCACGUUGGCCCGGAAGCGGCUAAUUUGAAUUGGAAGAUCCGCUCGUUUCAGGAGCAGGUGGCAACAAGCGGAGAAAAAAGGAAGGCUCCGUGUCAACAGUGUUACACGAGGACCUCGGGCUAGAGUUCCAAAUUAGGCCGCGUAAUAACCCGCUUCAAAGAUGCUGCUGAGGACCGGAUGCUACCGUGGGACCACGCCCAAGCCUGGAGCGACGCGUUCUUGGGCCGACAUCAACAUCUGGCCAUCAGGAUCACAGUCGAGUCGUCUCGGGGGCUCGGUUCCGCGUGAUUCAACGCGAUUCAACGGGAAGAAUCGAAUCAAGAUAUCUCGGUGGUCCCAUAGCGUACCAAGGCGAACCGAAAUCGCGAGCCAAGCAACAUCUAGCCGGAGACGCGACCAGACGACCUUGGAAAUGUGAAACAAGGCGAGUCCGCUGACGCAGAUAGCAGUCAGCUGGAAUCGGUUUCCAGUGGAUGAACCGUCGACUCUGCAAGUGUCUCUUCGAUUUCGCGCGGAUACGAAACCUCGGCCGUUCGAUCGAGAACGGCAUGAUCGAUUGCUAUCGAGCGUUUCCUAGACUGGACAACCGUUGGCGCGACCGUAUCGUUCUUUCGUCUUCGUAACCUUUCUCGUGGCUUCGUUGCUGAACAUCGGCGUUGGGAAAAGCGUUGGGAGAAAACGGAAACCGGUCAGGCAUGUUCGAAUCCAUUGAAGAUGUCAUUGGUAAUUUUUGGUUUCAAGGUCUUAUUCUUGGCUUUCUAUUUCAAGGAUAUUUUUCUGUUAAUUUCAAGAUUAGUUUUCGAUGAAUGGACGAAAAAGAAAUAUCGAAAGUAUAAAAUUAUCGAUCGUUCGAAAUAACAGAAUUUCCUUAAGAAACUAUUUCAAAUCCGACAAUCACCAGUCACCUUACAAUGUAUUUAACCAGACCGCCAUAGACGAAGAAACAACUAUUUCUUUUUUCCGUCACCGAACGUUCGAUCAAAAUAUAAUUACCUUGCGCAAAAUUUAAAUUUCGUGCUUCCCUGAAAGGAUGAUGUAUUACACGCGACUCGAGCUGCACAGCUGUCUUUCAUUUUUUAUUCUCUUUCUUCUUAGGAAUACAUUCUGACACGGUCGCGUGUCGGUCACGAUCGACAAAUUUCCGGGACUAGUUUUAACGCGUCCACGUUGUAAAUUAAACACUUACACACGGCGUGGAUGAGAAGUAAAAAUAAUUGUUUGAACGACUCCGACUUUCGUAAGCUGCGACGUCUCGAGGGUGCUCGAGAUGGAUCGAUCGGUCAAUUGUUCGUCAGCAUCGAAAGUCUGCGGCGAUCACAUCGACAAAAAGCGAUAUAAAACUUGACUCGAUCCCUUGAGGUAUUGAAAUUGUAUUAAAUUCAGCUGUCAUCCUCUCGGGAGACCUGUUUCUCCGGAACGGAACGGAAGUUAGGGAAAGAAAAGGAGCGAAGUUGGAAAAAAAAGAAAGAAAAUCAAAGUCGCGCUUUGUAUAUACCUUGAAAAUGACAAUUUAUCGCUAUAUUUUCUAUUAUUGUAUCGUAUUACGAACAACGCGAUUAUCACGUGCGUAUUAUUAUUAUUAUUAUUAUUAUUAUUAUAUAAUUAUUAAUUAUUGGACGAACGUUAUGGAAGAAAACUGAAAAAAAUGAAUAGUCGUUAGUCAAUGCGCAUCGUAGCCAAUCGAUAGGCCUCUCGAUCCCCGUAGAAGCUGUAUUCACGUUUUUACCGAUUAAUAGAAGUGAUAAUAAUGUUAUUAUUAUAUUUUAUAUUAUAUAUUAUUAUAUAUUAUAUUAUAAUUAUUAUAAUUAUAUAUUGUAACGUGUAUCUAUAUCUAUAUGCCUGUAUCGCUAGCUUUACAAGUGAACCGAGGCGCACGGUCAGCCCGGUGACAAUGUGAAAAACAGACAGAACGUAUGUGUGCGUGAAAGAGUGUGAGAAAACGUAUGAGAGCUAGAGAGAGAGCGAGAGGUGAUUCUGUUGCUUUUCUCUCGAAGAGAGAUAAGACGACACGAGUAUGCGUGACACCUCUCCGUGUGCUUUCGGGGAAUCGCAUUGUACUUGUGGGCACGUCCCACCCUACCGGCCUACCAAUAAAUUUUGCCAAGUCGUAAAA